GCGUCCACGGAACAGAAACGACAACCGUUCCGACAUUUCGUCUUCCUGUAACACCUGAGACGAUGUUCUAACGUCUUACUACGCGUAGUACUCGUAAUAAUCAAAAGAUCUCGACUGCUGUCCAGUCCACGGCACGUUAUAUAAUUCAUCGUGACGCAUCAAUAAUACAACAUAAAGUGUGACAGUCACAUUUCUCCUGACACUCUCCUCGCAAUGAAAGGAACAGCGCGAGAGCGACGGCUAUCAAUUAUCGUAAGACGAAGUUAACGCGUUGUCGAUCAGUCACAAUGGAGGCGGAAACUCAAUUGGACGUGUCGAUGAGCCUAUCGAUAUUUUUUCUGAAGAACGUCGGGGUAUGGAUAUCCAACGACCCGGCGGAGAAACGUCGGAUGAAGAUACUUGUCCUUAUCACCUUAUGGAACACAAUGCUUGGUGCGGUCGUCAUUUUCAGAGAUAUAUACUUCACUUUUAUGUACAACGGCGAUAUUCUUUAUGUCAUCACCAAUUUUUUAACCGUAAUGAUAAGUUUCGUCAAGAUAAUUAUCAUAAUGAUAUAUAAGAAGGAGUUUAUAGACAUGAUUCUGUACAUGGAAAAAAAUUUCUGGAACGUCAAGUACGAUUUUCAAGAGGAAGAAAUUUUGAAUAAUUGUAGGAAAACUUGCAUUUUCUUCGUUACAAGCGUCAGCACUAUUGGCAUAUGCGCUAUGAUAUCCUACGCAAUAACACCGAUCAUUGAAUAUUAUACGGAAAACCUGUCCGAAAGAAUACUGCCGUUUCACGUAUGGCUAAAUUUGCCGAUUAUAUCAGUGACACCCUAUUACGAAAUACUUUUUGCUGCAGAGGUGCUAUCUAUAUACUGCGUCGCCCUCUGCUACUUUUGUUUCGAUAACGUUUUCUGCAUCCUGGCCGUUCAUUUGGCCGGCCAGUUUAAUAUACUGAAGCAUAAAUUCGCGAAACUGUGCGACACCGAUUCCAAAAUUUCCAAGAAAGAUGAGGAGUCGAGAUUGGCGAUAGAACACGUGCAGGUGUUGUACGAGAGAUUCAAGGAAUACGUACGCCGCCAUCAAUCGUUGAUCAAUUAUUGCGAGAGGCUUGAAAACGUGUACACGGUCAUUAUCCUUGGACAAGUGGUGAUAUCGAGCGUGUUGAUUUGCCUGUUCGGCUAUCAGAUAUUGGUGAACGACGUCUCCAUCGGAAGACGAUCCAUUUUCGUCUUUCUUUUGUUAGGCUCGAUGUGUUUGUUGUUCAUGUUCACGUACAGCUGCAACAGCGUGAUAGUGCACAGCGAAAACAUCGCUACGGGCGCGUACUCGGCGUUGUGGACCACGAUGCCGAUGAACAAAUUUGGGAGAAUGCUUCGAAACGAUCUGAUAUUGGUGAUCGAGCGUUCGAGACGCGUUUGUUGUCUCACGGCGAACGGAUUUUUCCCCGUCUCUUUGGAAACCUAUACCACGAUUUUGAGUACCGCGGUAUCUUAUUUCACACUGUUAAGAAAUAAUCUGGAAGAGUGAAUUAUAAUAAUUUGCAUACGAUGUUUAAAAUGUGUUUUAAACGUGUCCGAUUAUGAUAACAUUCGAGAGAAUUUUGUAUAUUUAUGUGUAUCGAAAAUAAAAAUAAAAAGAAGUUAACGAUGAUAUGAUAAUAAUAGAGAUAAAUAUUAA